AUGACUGACGAGCGCUUUUUCUUCAAUAUAAAAUCAACAGACAGACCAAUCAAGAUUGAAAUAGUCGUUGAAUCAUCAGAUAAGAGCGGAUUAAUUCAAAGAUUAGCUCCAAAGCCUGCUGAGGCAGUCACCACUGUUAAGCCAAAGACCAAGAAGGCUAUCAAGAAACCAACCAAAAAGCGCAGCGAUCAGCCAAAGCAAGAGAAGAGAGUUGCCAAAUCAGCUGAAGACUUGGACGCUGAGAUGGAGGUUAGUUUGUUUUAA